AUGUCUGACAGAAACGGACGUGUUUAUGUGGUGUUAGUUUUGGUAACUUAUAUACGUACUUCAACAGCAUGUAAUGGGUAUACGUUGAAACUCAACAGCAUUAAAAACUGUAUCGAUGACAGUGUGAUAAAAAUUGAAAAUCCUGGUGCAACUUUAGAUAAAGAUUGCAACAUAAUUUUAAAAGGUUGUUUGAAUUUUCCAAAGGGAUUCAAAACAGCGAAGGGAAAAUAUGUUCUCAAAAAAGCUCCGAUGCCUCCUAUGGAUGGAGAACUUGACUUUUGUGAAGUUGUUAGUGGGUUAAAUGAUCCGCAAAUUGGAAAUGUGGCUAAAAUGUAUAACAUGCCUUCUAAGUGCCCAAUACCCCCAGGUAAAGUUUGUGGCGACGCUAACAAGAAGAUUAACAUUAGCAGAUUUAAGAAUCAGUUAGGUAUCGCGAGUGGAACGAUCGAUUUGAAGCUUGAUGUUGACCAUGAUACUGGUAAAAGUUGUAUUGAUAUAAAUGUUACUAUUUCGAAAAACAGAGCUAGAGGAUAAUUUUUAUGUUGUUUUGUAUUAGUUGCAUACACAGAAUAAAUAUGUAUUACCAAGAUGACAUCUUUAAAAAACCGCUAUUAAAAUUAACAACUAGUUUGAUAUAUUAGUAGCUGAGAAACAAUACCACAACACAGCACAUACUGAUUGCCAAGUAAUAGUUCUUAAAGUGUUUUUGUUAAAAUUUAGAAACUAACUUAGUCACAAAUCACAAUAAUGAA